AUGGAGCAGGCUGAUAGUGAAUUGGGGAAGGAAAAGGACGCUCCUGUGGACGACAAGCGCGCCGAAAAGCAUAAACAUCUUGACGGGCUGGCCAAAAACUGGUUUAUGCGAUUCAAAUCUGUUUCUAAUCCGAGAGUCAACAACACGCAUUUCUGGCCAGACCAUGUCAUGGAGGCGGCCAUGGUCCCUCUGAUGGGGUGGGACAUCCCCGCCGAACAAGGUAUCCAGAACCUGACAGCCGUGGAGAAUCUCGAAUAUUCUGCCAGUCUCAUGGCCCGCGCUCUCUGCGCACACUCGGCCGCCUUGGCCUCGGCUCGGCAGCUGGCCGCCGCAUAUGGGAAGAUGAAAACCGAGCACGAUGUUUGUGAAGGGGUUAUACAGUCUCUGAAGAGCGACAACGAGGAGAACAAGAUGCUUAAGGAGAAGAUCGCGUUUUUUACGGGGGAGAUUGAGGUCUUGAAGAGGAACGAGGCUCAGCUCCUCGAGCAAAUUGAGGGAUAUAAGAAAGCUGAAAUCCAGUCCAAGGAGGACCUCAACAAGAUGUAUGACUGUGGAACACUGUGGACCGCCAAAGUAAGGAGCUUGAAGAGAAGGCUGAAGUCAAGGGGUGAGAAGAGGGUUUCACCGCGGGACGGCGGGGCGACUGAAUACAAAAAGACCGAGCAGUAUGUUCAUGACCUCGACUUUAAUGCCGCCCUCACCCUGAUCUGGGUCAUCAAUGGAUUGGAUAGUGGCACGCGAUCCCUUGAGGACAUGAAGGGAAUCUGCACGCUGAAGAGCGACCGCUUGAACAUCCCUGCUGCGCUAUGGACCGGAGAGCUCCAUCCUGACGAGGACGAGGUCACUUUUGACAACAAGAAGAUGUUCGGGCUCUCCAAGUCGGCCAUGGACCUCCAAGCUGUGAGUCCAUCCCCGCUCAAGUUCAUUCCGUUCGAAGUCUCUAGGGAAAAUGAAAAGGUGGAAGAAAGCCUGUUCAUCGACCAGGCGGGCCCCAGCGGUGUGAAGAAGGAUGGUGAUGGCGUUGCCUCCCAAGCCCUCCAGGACGACCUAGCUGGGCAGUUCAGCCGAACGACUUUUGGUGUUCGGGUUUUGAGUUCGUUUUAG